CUAGGAACGAUUACGCAACAAGGCAAAGUGGAGCGAUGCUCACGUUCGUGCCCGCGAGAGCGGCGAUGGAUCGCCGCAUUUAUUAAGCGAAGUGGUCGCAGCGCACCUGCGCGAACGGUGCCGCGCUUGGCGCGCCGUGGGCGCCACACAUCGAGAUCCUCUCUCUGAGCGUCAGUGAGGCGACGCGCAGCGUGCGGGCGUAGACACGAUGCGCGCCCUCGCGCUGCGCUGCGCGCUCUGCGUCGCGUGCGCACGAGCCGGCUGGAUCGACGCCGACACGCCACACAAUGAGCGGACGAUCCGGAGCUACGGCGACAACAGUAAACAUACGCUCGUCAUGAGCGACGAGUUCGAGACGCCGCACCGCUCCUUCAAGGACGGCGAGGACCCGCGCUGGACGGCCAUUAACAAGAACGACUACACCAAUAAAGCGCUGCAGUACUACUCUGAAACUCACGCGACGACGUUCAACGGCACUUUGCGACUCACCACCACUGAUGAAGACACGGAGUUCAUGUCUCAUCAAGUGAAGAACAAGGAGAAGGUCACGGUGAAGGUAAGAAAGCAUUUCCGGUCGGCGAUGCUCCAAGGAUGGGACAAAUUUUGUUUCCGGGGCGGCGUGCUGGAGAUCCGGGCCAAACUACCGGGCCGCUGGGACGUGGGCGGGCUCUGGCCGGGUUUGUGGAUGAUGGGCAACCUCGCGCGAGCGACGUAUGUCGCCUCGUCGCAGCGCAUGUGGCCCUUUUCGCAUGAGCCCUGCGAUCGAUCGAAUCAGCGGAAGCAGGAGGUCUCGGGCUGUGCGAUCCGGCCCCAUUUUGGUUUGAAUUCAAGGCAGGGUCGGGGCGCCCCGGAGAUCGACUUGCUCGAGGUGAUGCCUGGUGCGGACUCGGCGUGAAAAAUAUGAGCUUGAACGUGACGCCGUCGCCUCGACGCCGCCGCCUCGACGCCGUCGCCUCGACGCCGUCGACGCGGCCGCAUGAGAUCGUUCCCCGCAGGCGACGGCUGGAUGCCCAUGCCCGUGCCGCCCUACUACUUGCUGAAACCCUACUAUUCCACCUCCUUGCAAUUAGCCCCGGCGGCAAAGGUGCGGCCCUGGAACGGCGCGCAGCCGGCACCCGGCACGUGGUACGAGGGUAUGAAAUAUGGUCCCAACACGUCCCAAAAUGUGUUUUUUUAUGGGAUGGAGCUCAAGUCGCCCAUCGGUGACCCGGAGGAGUCGUACUGGGCCGACGCUGUUUCUGCCAAUACUCCUAUUGGCAGUUCCGAGUUUGAAGAGUUUCAUACAUAUCGCUUGGAGUGGACGCCUCGACAAAGGUUGGCGUGGUACAAGGACGGUGAAUUUUUAUAUGAAAUUAACCAGCAAUCAUUGACGAACUUGACGCGAGGGCUGCAGAUCCCUGACGAGCCGACCUACCUCCUCUUAAACACGGCCAUGUCGUCGACGUGGGGCUUCCCGGCGCCCUGCCCGGCGGGCUGCGCCUGCGAUUGUUUUGAUUGCAAGAAGGAGGCCUGCAAAUGCGCCAUCGCCGAGGGCUUCUGCGAUUCGCUGCCGGCGCACUUCCUGAUCGACUACGUGCGGCUGUAUCAAAAUGAAAAACAUUCCGUGGGCUGCGACCCGCCGUCGCACCCUACAAAAAAAUUCAUCCAGGCGCAUCUAGAUCGGUAUCUGGACCCCGACGCGCCGCGGAUGCGGCGGGCGCUCGAGCCGGUGCCGCGCGGCGGGGGGGCGUGUGUUCAUGGGAGGGAGUGCGGGAGUGGUGGGGAGUGUGUGCGACGGCGGUGUCGCUGCGGUGAUACCAGGACGGGCCCUAUGUGCCAGGCACCCCGAGGUUUCGACGACGAGAUCGGCGCGGCGGGCUCUGAGCCCCGGCUCGACCUGGCCGGUUUUGUGGUACCGCCGCAGCUCGCAGUCGCGCUGGCCUGUGUGGUGCUCGCGCAUAUCAUGUUCUGUCGGCGGUCGCUCACGCGUAUCCGGCACGAGCGGCGAGUCAUGCGCGAGCGCGUUAGUUAGCUAAUCUAAAAUGAAUAUGAAUUACCCGG